UGUAACAAAGAAUCGGUAAUUAACGCUGCCUUUGGUCUUCUAAGCAAAAUUUCAGGUUGAAUAACCAUUUAUCUAAUCAUCUAAAGAACGAUUGUCAUGAAAACAUAAUUUGAAUUAAUUCGUAAGACUUAUCCACUCCUCAUAACGACCAUUAAGUCGAUUUUGAGUAAAUGCAUUCUAUCAUCGCUUAAACGAAGCACAUAUUUCCUUCAAAAUUCCGCUUUUUGCAUUAAGUUUCUUUAAAUAAUUUUAUGAAUUAUGUAUAUAUGUAUGACAUAUAUCCCAAAAAAACGAAAGUACUGAAAUAAAAAGCAUAUAAAAUGAGCACGUGUACCUCAACAGUUGAUAAUCGGUAGUUCAUCAAAUGUGAUAGAAUCGAGUAUACCAUAUAGAAGUAGAAAUACAUGUAUUUAGAUCAGUCUUACAUUAGAAUCCUCUUGAAAAGAGAAAACGUUUUAAAACAUAAAAACAACCUUGAGUCACGAAAAGAUGUUAAAGUAAGUUUCUCACAUACUCUAUCGUCUCUACAUUCGAUAGUUUCUUUACCUUUCUAUCGCUAUGAUUCGGAUCGUCGUAGUUCUCGUGACUUAGAAAAACUUUUACUUUAAUCUUCUCACUGAGAAACAAGAUAGUCCCGUCGAGAGGUUUUGAAUAAGAAAGGAGAUCGGUUGACGCCUGGCAGCCACGCGAGAAUCCAUGACGGAGUGAUCCGCCCUGACUAGAAUCACCCACGCGAAAUCACGAACUUCCCACAUUCUUUUUAUGUAUAAGCACGAACAUUAGAGGCAACGUGAGGAUCCGCCGUUUAGCUUGAAAUCUAAACUGAGAUCGGUAUUUCUCGUUAUCAUGUAGAUAGGUUGGUAGGCGGUUAACACCUAACAUGCUUCCCGAGUUGGCCGAAGCCUUCAGUCUCUCGCCGUGUCUGCUACCUGGAUAAUCUUAACAGAGCUUAUUCGCGCGGUUAAUGGCCUUUCACGGGGAAGGACGUGAUCCUUUAGAGCACACCAGUCUCUAUCAAAGAGCCGAGAGCGAGGACAGUGAUGCCGAAGGUGGUUUGGGAAACGUAAAUAAACUUGUAAUACGUCCGCCCGGUCAUAGUGGGAAAGCAAAAAAAGGACACAUCUGUUUCGAUGCCUCAUUCGAAACCGGUAACUUGGGUCGGGUAGAUCUUGUUUCAGAGUUCGAGUACGAUCUUUUCAUAAGACCGGAUACCUGUAGCCCACGACUUCGCCUGUGGUUCAACUUUACCGUUGACAAUGUAAGAUCCAAUCAGCGUGUUAUAUUCAACAUAGUGAACAUAUCGAGAAGUAUGAAUCUUUUUCAAAUCGGCAUGGCACCUUUAGUUAAAAGCACCGGUAGACCAAAAUGGCAAAGGAUACCUCGGGAUCAGCUGUUUUAUUACAAAUCACCGCAACAUCAGAAUCACUACGUGCUCAGUUUCGCAUUCGCUUUCGAUCGAGAAGACGAUGUCUACCAAUUUGCUUUAAGUUAUCCGUAUUCAUAUAAUCGGUAUCUCGGGCAUCUGAAUAAUCUCAGUACCAAGAUAGCCUAUGUUCACAGAGAAACUUUAGCCACCUCGAUUCAGAAGAGGAAGGUUGAACUGAUCACCAUAACAUCUGAUAAGAAUAACGGUCAGGAAUUAGCUCGGAAAGUUGUGGUAAUACUUGCGAGAAUUCAUCCAGGCGAAUCACCGUCCUCUUUCGUCUGUCAAGGCCUGAUGGAUUUUCUAGUCAGUACUCAUCCGAUCGCUCAGGUUCUCAGGCAUUACGUGAUAUUUAAAAUUGUGCCAAUGAUCAAUCCCGAUGGAGUUUUCCUCGGCAAUUAUAGAUCUACAUUGAUGGGUAUGGAUUUAAAUCGAAAUUGGAAUUGUAUAUCAGAAUGGAUUCAUCCAACGCUAACGGCUAUCAAAUCGAUGUUAGAAUCUCUAGAUAAAAACACAUACACGCCAUUAGAUUGCGUCUUGGAUUUACAUGCACAUACAAACGCAACAGGAGUCUUCGUUUAUGGGAACACAUACGAAGACGUAUAUAGGUACGAAAGACAUAUUGUCUUACCAAAGUUACUCGCUCAACACACGGAGGACUACAACCUAGGAAACACGAUGUAUAAUCAAGAUCCUCACAAAGGUGGAACAUCCCGUCGAUAUCUAUGCUCCAUUUUAAAGGAACAUGUCAAUUGCUAUACCGUACAAGUAUCAAUGCAUGGUUAUUCUAGGAAAGGAACAUCAAGUAUUUUACCAUAUACAGAAGAAAGUUAUUACAGAGUCGGUCGAAAUCUCGCACGAGUAUUUUUAGAAUAUUACAAGUUAACCGGUCUAAUACCGUGUGGACUUCCAGAUCAACCAUCGAAUAAGAGUAUCCGACAAUCUCGUCAGAAACAUCACGUAUCAAGGCAGCCACGUUCUAAAAUGGUCAGGACACCGGCUCCUUUACAUUUAGCUAGCAUUCACGAGUAUUUUCGGGAGGACAUAGAGCCGCUCCCAAGCGCUCGUUACCGAUCGAUGAGCGGUACGCGUAUGAGCCGGGCUGGAAUUGCAAUUGGAACUGGAACUGAAAGCGGAACUGGAAUAGGAAGUGGAAGUGGAACGACGGGCGUCAACGGAUGCAGGUACCAGAGCCACAGGUUCCGGAGCCCCGGGGCACCGCUCGACAGGGUGCAAGCUCCAACAAGACGACCCAUCGAGCCGAGGCUUACCAUUAUCGAUUUUAAUCAGCUGACAAGAGGCGGUUUGGAACUGGCCAUGAGUAAGAACAAGAUUAAUCGUCAUCGCGGUCGCUUUAAGCUCCAAUAAUAAAAAUAUGAAAGAAAAUUAAAUUUCGUUCUUUCGUCGACUCACUUUAACGUAUCACAAAGAUAUCUUCCAUCUUUUCUACUGGUUUUUUUUUAAUACAAUAACAUUUAUAACAUUUUUAUAUCUAUAUGUGAUAAAAAAAACUGUAGAUUACUUAGACGUACAUUGUACUGAGGAAUUUAAUAAUAUAUCAU